AGUGGCUUGUGAGGUCUUUCGUUUACACAGUUUGAAGUCCAUAAUUCUCGCCAUGACCAUCAUAACGGAGUGUUUAAAGUUAGCUUAAUUCCUUCCCUUUAAAGUAAUCAACUUCAUAACUCUUAAAUUACAAAAUGUCCCCAAAACAAUGAAUGUCCCCACAGUGUUGUGGAAACAAUAGGGUCAGACCCCAGAAUGACAUAAAGACAUGAACACACACACACACAAACAAUUUAAUUUUUUUUCUUGGAAAUAAACACGAACGGGGGCUGUAAGCUCAAACAAAACCUGUACAUGUGUCCUUUACUUCUUUGUAGAUGCACAACACAAAUGCAGACACACACCCCCCACCACCACGAUUACCAAACAGCUCCAAACGGAGCCAACUCCUAACUUCCACCCCUUUCCGCCCCCUUACUCCCCAGUCCACAGCUCACUCCCUCUCCCCUCCUUGCCUCACCUCAAUCUCCGUCACUUCGAGCUGAGCCACAAACACAACAACCAGUUUUUGCAGAGGAGCUGCAAGAAGAGAAGAGAAGUUUUUUACUUUCAUGAUGUUUUUGUCUGUAGGAAUUUUAUUCCACAAGACUCAAUUUUUUAUGAAACAUUUCUUAAAGGAAAGCCAGAAUCUAAUUUUUCCUGCUUAAUUUUGUAGACAUCAUUUUUUGCUGCAAAAACAAGCUGUGGAUUUUAUUUUAUUUUUUUCAUUCAUAGACCCUUUUGUGGAUACAGUCAAGUUUGAUGCUGACUGACUGAAAAAGGAAACCCAUUCCUUAGUUUCCCUAUCGUUCACUGACUGAAUUUCAAUCAGAGAAAUUCAUCUGCCUCUAAAUUGCUUUGACCCAACAUGUGGUCAACCUUUUUUGUGACCGAUGAAGAGGGCCGAACGGUGGCCCCAGGAGCGGCGGGGACAGUUGGAGGGGUAGCAGGACCGGCUCCAGGCGCUGGGGGUUUGGCCAGCUUGAUGGGGGGUCGCGGCACUUUUGGGGGAAAGCGCCGCAGGACGACGUCUGCGGGACACGGCCUGAGUGAGGCCCAGGAGGGAAAGAUCAAGUUGGCAUUCUUUGUUGCCAUCGUAGGCGUAGUGCUAACAGUUCUCGGUGUCGGAACAGAGUUCUGGGUGGAGUUGUCACCCUCCAAGAGUUUCUACAACAAUCAGACCUGUUUAACCGCUCACAUGGGCCUGUGGAAGGGCUGCACCAAGACCUUGUGGGUGGCCGACAUUGACCCAGAACGAGAGAGCUGCGGCCCCGCUGAGCUGCCGGGAGAAUCAAACUGCACCUACUUCAAGUUUUUUACCACAGGAGAGAACACUGUGAUGUUUCAGAAGACAACACAGAAGAAUCUAAAUGUGGCGGCAGCCAUGCUGUCCCUGUUCAGUCUGUUCCUGAUGGUGAUGGGGACCAUCUGCAUCAGCAUGGCCCUCAGUAAGGAGAUCCUGUUCUUCCUUAAGCCCGCGUCUAUCUGCUUUAUUCUGUCAGGAGUUCUGGUGCUCCUGGCUAUUGUGGUCUUCCACCAGUCCAUCCUGGCGUUCCUGGCCAGCGAUCACACCGUUCCUCUUCACCACGAGCUGUCCUGGUCCGUGUCGUGUAUCGGCUGCGCCGGAGCCAUCCUCAUCGUGGGCGGGGUUUUCUUCCUGCUGCUGGCGCUGCCCUGCAGCCCGUGGCAGAGGUGUUUCCCACACAAGGACAGUGGCAGCUAGAACUAGGAGGAACUGAAGCGGCUGAUCUGCUGACUGCUUUUAGCUGUUUCCUUUCUCUGUUGACCUCAGAGGAACUGGAAACCACCGGAAUGCAAACGCUGAUUGUAGCUGCAGUCCUGUAAGAAUGUAUGUGCCUGAUUUUUUUUUUUAAUAUAUAUAUCGGUAACUCCUUGCAAUCCUAAGUGAAAAUUAGGAUUUUUGUCGCACUUAGACAUCCUAGAGUUAAAAAAAAAUACAUUUUUUAAAUGUUUACUAAAUUAUCAAGAGAGAAAUAAAGGGCUGCACGGUGGUGCAGCAAGAAGGCCACAGUUUAAGACCUUUUCUGUAUGAAGUUUGCAUGCGUGGGUUUCCUCCAGGGACUCCAGCUUCCUCCCACUGUCCAAAGAGAUGCUUCUUAGGUGAAUUGAUCACUCUAAAUUGUCUCUAGGUGUGAGUGUGUGAUUCUAUGGCCCUGCAGAGGACUGGCAAUCUGUCCAGGGUGCACCCCGCCUUUAGCCGGGUUAGGCUCUGGCGGCCCCGUAAAGUAUAAAACAGGUUAAGAAAAUGGACAGAAGAGGGAAAUAAAACUGUUAAAACCAAAUUUGGUGUUUGUGAAAAAGUAAUUCCCCCUUAGUGUGAAACAUCAAAGUAAUCAAUCACCUAAUAAACAAAUCCAGUUCCUGUCAGACCAACAGAAAUGAGAAAUCUCUUCAACAGAAGACGUCUGAAAACAUGAUGCAGGUGAAACUUUUGACAAAGAAAGUACUAAAUACGUCACAGAAACAUUUCAGCAGCUUCAAGACAAUCCACACAAAUAAUUUGCUUUUGUAUCGACUUUUUAUAACCCCACAUUGCAACUGUUACGGUAAAAAUCAUGGGCUGCAAACUGAAUUCUAUAAUAUUUGUACUCUUGGAAUGUCAGAUUCUGAUUUGUCAAAUGUUUUUUUUUUAUUUUAUAUGUUCCUUGCCCUGAGACAGACUGGCGACCUGUCCAGGGUGAACCCCGCCUUCGGCCAUCAGUGGCCGGGAUAGGCUCCGGCACCCCGCGACCCCGAACGGGAUUAAGCGGUCAAGAAAAUGGAUGGAUGGAUGGAUGGAUGUUCCUUGUGGUACUGCUAAGGUUACUAAAACAAAUACCACCACACAGUAGUGAUGAAUCAGCAGAAUCUUCAAGUUUAGCUGCAGCUGCCCAAUUUUUUUCAAAAAUGCAGACAGCGGCUGUCAGUCAGGCGGGAAUGACGUUAUAAUUGGGCGACAGCUGGGCAGCCGGAUUCUGAUUGGAUGAUGUGUAAAUGUGUCUGCCGUCCAUAUCAAGUCCCAUCGGCCGCCAGCCACCCGGUGGCCCAGGAAUAUAUUGAAAGUGGACCAUUCUGCACCACUGAUCACUCACAACUCAGAUUUUAAGUGCAUAUUAUAAUCUUGUCAAUUUACAAAUUUUUAGAUAAAAUAACUCCCAAGAAUCACAAUGUUCUAUCUUCUUUGUAUUCCUCUUGAUUUUGCAGAAAAAGUUGUAUAUAGGUCAUAUUUUGGGAUAUGUGACCCUUUAGAAUUAAAACACAUUACACCAAUUCCAUGAGGCUUUUAGAUGAAAACUCCCCAGAAAAACUUUUUUGGUAGUUUUUUUUUUUUUUUCAGCCUUAGAAGCCCAAAAAUCUUCAAGCAAGGUUGUGCAAAUAAAAGAAAUGAAGGGUUCCCCCAAAAACUUCUACAUAAUGCUUUGAUAAUACUUUUUGCAAUUUUUUUUUACCAGUCAGAAAAAAUGCAAUGACCUGUGAAGAUGCACUUUGACUCUCUUGAAGCUAAACUUCAGCUCAUGUUUUAGUUUAUGGAGCAUUUGUCUAGCACCACUUUAGAGCACCAGAUACAGAGGAAACUAGUCGUUUAUAGAUUUCUCUUUCAUUUCUGGUGACGAGAUCAGAGCCCAUAGAGACACCUUUGACUGCACCAUUUGUAUCAAUGGAUUCUCCAGAGUACAGGACAUGACAAAGCUUUUGGAGCAGUUGUGUUUCCAGUUUCAAGUCGUUUUUUUUUUAAUGGAGAAAGUGGUGAAGGUCAAAUGUUUUCAUUUUACUCUGCGUAUCACUGACUUUUUCCUCAGGAUUAAAACCAUUUAAAAGGAACGGGGAUGGCAUGUGAGGUGAAAUUGUCGCCAAUGUGAAGCUAUACCAGUAUUUAAUCUUAAGCUUUUCCAACUAUUACUAAGAAAUUAAAUUAUUCGUAGCAUUUUACCCUGAUUUUUUAAAACACAGGCAGCAGUAAAAUCUAUUUGAUCUGCAUACAAUUUUGCCAAAGUAUAGUAAAGUAACAGUAACAGUAAAAGAAAAAGUUAUUAUUUAAGCAAAUUAAUAAUUUCCUAAAUCAGUUUCUUUUACUUUAGGCAAAAGUUAAAAAAAUCCCUUUUUUCAAAUUGCAAAUUGCAUACAUUCCUUCUUUAUAUUUUAUACAAUAAAAGCAUAUUUUAUUAACCAGCAGAUACAUUUUAUUGACAUUUCUGAGGGGAAAUACUUAGAUAACUGUACCAUAAAAAGUUUCUUACCAAAAAUCCUGAUCAGUUUAUAGCGUCACUUUUAAUAUUUGUUUUGCUUGUUAAUCAAGUGGACAACAGUAAAAUGUUUGUGUGUUUUCCACCAUGAAAGCAGUCCUGGUACAAAAUUAUGCAGCUUCAUUCAUGCUGACAUUUACAAAGAAUAAACAAUGAUUUAUUGUGACAUUUUUUGACAAGCUGAUACAAAUUUCCACAGGUUUUAAUGAAAUUGUUCUGACAUACACUGUUAAAAAAAGUCUGGAUUUCUGAUUUUGACUUUUGUUAACUAGAGGGAAAAUUGUCCAAGUGAAAAGCUAUUUAGGUAUUUUUUGCAAUCAAAUAUAACAUAAUAAUUAUGUGUAUUUCUAGAAUUUUUAGGUUAAAUUUAAAACCAAAAUCAGUCAAAUUUGCUCCUUAUACAUUUUUUUGCUCCUGCUGUCAUCGCUUUAUGGCCAUUCUUUUUGGCAAACAAAUUGAGUUUAUAUAUUUUUAAAAAUAUAUAAAAGGUAAAAAAUGUAAUGAGUCAAAAUUAUGUUGGAGUAAAUACUAAUGAACUCCAUUAAUGUUUGAGCCCAAACUUUGAAACAAUUUGAGAUAGUUAUUAUAAUUUUAAUGUAUUCACUGUUUAAGUCAACACAUUAAGCUUACAAAAAAAAAAAAA